CUUAGGGAUUGUUCUGCUUCUUUCUUCACGGCGAUCAAUACUGCCUGCAACAUACCUACCUCUACCUAUCUACACCGGAAUAAUCGUAAAGCAUAAAAACCUACCAUCGCACGCACAACGGGCAAUAAAACAUCAACCUAUCCCCAAACAUGCACCCCUCAACCCUCCUCCUCGCCCUCGCCGGCCUAACCACCGCGCUCCCCUCCCUCUUCGCCCAACAAGACGCCUGCGCAGGCGACAAAUCCACCGCGGGGUACUGCACACCCCUAACCUACAACGACGUAACGCAAUCCACCUCCGUGACAACGACAUCCUGCGAAUCCACGUGCUCGUCCGUCCUCGCCGACGCCGGGGACUGGGGCGUGGAUUUCCGCGCACAGCCUGCCGGGUACGUCGACGGCAUGUUCCUCAGCGGAUGUCGGUUUGGGAUAGCCCGCGAGACGGAUGCGGAUACGGAGGGCUUUGAGUUCAGUGUGGCGAAUCAGGAUAUUGUGGAUUUGAUUGGGGAGAGUAUUAAGAGGUUUGGGGGAGCUCAUGGGGGGAAGGUUAGUGCGGAGGGGACGAUGCUGUGUGAGGGGCAUACUGUGAGGUGGUUUGUUGGGUAUUAGGUUUUGGUUGUGGGUGUGAGUUUGGGGUGAGGAUGGAUGGAGGAUUUGACGCGGCGUGCGUUGGGAGGGUGAGGGUGAGAUGGUGGUGAGAUUGGGCUGAUAUACGAGUAUACGAUCCUUUGGAGGAGGUGGUUUUGGCUCGUCAGAAGGAUGGCCGCUAGGCCUGGGGCGUUCACGGGGUGUGAGGAUGGGAUGGGAUGGGGCAUGGUAUAGGACAGAAUCUAACCUCGAUAUAGAUGUGAUCUUGGAGGAUAAUGAGGAGAAAUUGUCAGCUUGGGGCACUCGGGCUUACCCAGCUAGGAAUCCCGGAAAUCCCGUGGCUGAUCAUCUGUGGUCGUCAAGCCACUGACGUAUGGGAUGGUCUGGGACCUCUGAAGUGUGCUCCAUACUCCACCUAUUUAUCUUAAUUUAUGAUAUUCCGAUUUCCUUGAAUCAUUCCUCAUCGUUAAGCAUGGAGCUUUUUGGAUAUUACGAUUCUGCAAAUUAACUUUGAAGGUGAUCGCAGGACUGCCGAC